CUUCGUGACUGCAAUAGAAAAUAAACCUGCCUGUCCGCCCGUCGGCCCGUCUGCCUAUCUGACUUCUGGCUUUGCCAACUGUCGAGGCUCAACCACCCGCACACACGUAGACACAAAUGCGAGCGGAUUGGCCAGCUGUUAGCAGAACAGUCGAGUGAUUGAUUUUUCGCAUCAGCAACUCGACCAAAGGGAAAGUGUGGCAUAGGUGAAAGUGACAACUGCACUGGCCCAGCCACACAUAUGGACAUGAAUGCCACGCUGGCCGAAGGUCAGCAGCCAGCCAGCAGUAGCAGUAGCAGCAGUAGCCCGACCAGCUGUGACAGUCUGCAGCAGUUGACAAAAACAACGACCCAAGCAGGCACAACAACUGUCAAUGAAGACGUGGAAGGCAUUGAGAGCCCAGCAUAUCCAGAAACAGAUCAGGACGCAGAUACAUUUGCCGAAGACGAGGCGCAGCCAUUGAGCGAACGCUGGUCGCCAUUGGGCGCAAAUUACGAUGAUGCCAACAGCGCCAGCUCCGAGCUGAUAACAAGCGGCGACUGUGAACUGAAGCCAACUAUGCUCAACCAGGAGCUGGAGAAGCAGCCGCCAGCAGUGGCAGCGGACGAGGAGAGCGCCAGCGAAUUGGCACGUUUGCGCAGCAUUGAGGAGGAGCAGGAGGUGUUGACCAGCUCACUUUUGGCAUUGACCUCGCAGUUUGCGCAUGUCCAGCUGCGCGUGCGACAGAUUGUAGAGGCGCCCACAGAUGAGCGGGAUCAGCUACUGCGUGAUCUGGAGGAUUUCGCCUUUCAGGGCAUACCGGAGGUCGCACAACCCGACAACAAUGACAACGACAAUGAUGAAACGCAGGCGGCGACACCGCCGGAUGGCCAGCUAAUCGAGCAGCUGAAGUCUCAGCUAACGGAGCUCGAGCAGUUGGCCUAUGAUUCAGGUGCACCCGGUGUGUUGCCGCAGCAUGUGCUGCUCGAGAAGCAAAAAUUCAUUCUGGACGAGCUGCGCACCAAACUCAAUCUGCAAGUCGAGCAACAUCAACUGCCUGCUCUCAGCACCGAGCAGCUGCGCCACCAGGUGGACAAUGCCAUUGGUGAAUUUGUGGGUCCGCUCAAAAUGAAGGAGCAGCUGGUAGCACAGCUUAAAACACAAAUCACCGAUCUGGAGCGUUUUAUAGCCUUUCUGCAGUGCGACACCGCAGGCGGCAGCAGCACCACUAGCGCCAGCGACAAGAUAAAGCUGCUUAGUGGUGCCUACAAUAGCUACGCGGCCAAGCAGACAGCAAGGCAGACGCCCGGACAGCUGCCCGUGGUGCCAACCGCAGCGUCAACAACAACAACCAAUAGCAGCAGCAGUAAUAUGGCUGCGGCAGCAGAAGCAGCAUCAUCAUCAUCAUCCAACGCCUCGGAGUAUGCACCACGACGCGAAAGCCUGCACAGCAAGGCGCAUGGACUGCUGGACAAGGCAUCGCUGCUGAUGCAGAUGUUUGCCACCACACAUUUCGCCAAGCGCCAAGCGGACUUUCAGCAAAACUCUCUAAAGAAGACGCACAAGGGCAACCAUUGGGGGGAUCUGCGCGCGCAGCUGGAGGUGGACAUCCAGGAGGUGGCAGCAUUGGCAGCCACAUUAAGCUGCGAUCGCGAGAAGUUGGCCAACAUCAAGCGUGCUCUGCGCCAGCAACGGGAACAGCAGGCACCCAAUGCCAAUAAACCAAGCGUCUCAGUUGAUGCACAUAAUGGAGCAUUAACCACUUUACCGCCACGUUGCAGGCGUGCAGCUGUCAACACCGCCGGCCACGAGCUGACGCCUUAUGCCGCAAGCGCAGCCGCAGCCUCAUCCGAUUCGGAUGAGGACAUGUACGAGCGUUAUGAUUGGAACACGGACAAGUCCUUGGGACGACGUAUUGUGCAUAUGCGUGGCGAUUCUAUAGCCACCAUUGGGCGCGAGCUAACCAAUGUGGUGCGCAAGAACUUUGCGCGCACAUUGCAGCAGCUCAUCCAACAUGGGCUGCGCAUACCAGCCGAAUCGGCGGCGUCCAGCCUAAUGGUGCCCUUCAUGCGUUGCCUGCAGCCGGGUGCACAGCGUGUGGCGGCGGGUGCGGCAGCAGAGAUGCAGUUCCUUGGCAUUGGUCGCGCUAUGCACGCUUGGGAGCUGAUACUCGAGUACUACAAUCUAAAGAAUGGUGAGGAGUACAACAAUACACCGGCCAGGAAGCUGUCGCAGAGUUUCCAAUUAGAUAUUGUGGACGCGCAUGCGGUAACAGCCAAGCAAAGUCUGUUGAGCGCCAUUGGCAUGAUCCUGGCAAUGCAUCGACCCUAUAAGCGCAGCUACAAUGCCCACUUCAAGGCUCUGAUCUGUGCUGGACUCAACGCACAUCUUUUGGUGGAGUGGCUCAAUCUGAUACUCAGCUGCAACGAGCUAAUUGAUACUUACUACACGUCCAAUAGCUAUGUGGCAUGCACGGGCUUCCGCGACUCGUUGCGCUCAAUUGAUGCACUGUCCAAAUUUGACUUCGAUUUGCCAGUGGAUCUGGCCAUACGGCACUUCCGCAAUAUCUAAACUGAAUCGAUCGAUGAAUCGAAUGACAUCUAAUUUUUGU